AUGAAAAUGGCAAAUGAACCCGUACCGGUUAUUCGCAGAAAUAGACCUGGUACUAAAGCCAAGGAUUGGUGUAACUGGGAAGAUGAAUCAUUUGAGGAAAUGGAUAGUACUCUAGCUGUUCAGCAGUUUAUUCAGCAAGCCAUCAGGAAAGAUUAUACGAACGUUGAAGAGAUUUUGACCCCACCAGAAGGGCAGGAUGAAGGUGUAUGGAAGUAUGAACACUUGCGGCAGUUCUGCAUGGAGCUGAAUGGGUUAGCAGUGAAACUUCAGAUGGAAUGUAACCCUGAGACAUGUACGCAGAUGACAGCAACUGAGCAGUGGAUAUUUUUAUGUGCAGCGCAUAAAACUCCUAAAGAGUGUCCAGCAAUCGACUACACCAGGCAUACAUUGGAUGGAGCUGCUUGCUUGUUGAAUAGUAAUAAAUAUUUUCCCAGCAGGGUUAGCAUAAAGGACUCUUCAGUAGCAAAACUUGGAUCUGUGUGUCGUCGUGUCUACAGAAUCUUCUCACAUGCAUAUUUCCACCAUCGAGCUAUGUUUGACGUGUAUGAGAAUGAAACAUACCUGUGCCGAAGAUUCACCCUGUUUGUCACAAAGUACAACCUCAUGUCAAAAGAUAACCUCAUUGUACCUAUUGUUGAAGAUCAGCAAAUUUUAGAAGGAGAAAGUGAUGCAUAA